AUGGAGGGGGAGCGCGUUGCACGCUCGCCGAAGGCGCCUGACUCUGCAGAGGAGUUCUUUUCCGACGAUAUUGUGGCAGGCGCCAGUUUUCCUUUGUCUUCCACCUGCCGAGGGCACGCGCGGCACCGGCGAGGCCCGCGCACGCCGCGCUCCAACUCGGUGUCCAGCGCGCCUUCUUCCAGCAAUGCGUCGCCUGACUGCUCGCCCUUUCGCUGCGGCGGAGAAGGCUCACGUGUGCGUACAUCCGAGGUGACUGUGGACUGCCGCAGGCGCGCGUCUCUAGGCUCCUGGGCGGAGGAGAAGGGCGAUGCGUGCGUUCGUUCCACUGGAUACAGUUUGCGUUCUUUCGGUUUGAGCGGGGGGCAGACGGCGCCGAAGAGUCCGCGAGCUCUGCUGUCCGCCGAGGCGCCCUUCUUGCCGCCGGAGGACACCAAAAAUAGAGACGCGGCAGCGGCCCGCGUCCUCUAUUCGUCGUCGUCCUCCUCCACCUGCUCAGCGAAUCCGCUCUCCGCUCCACGUUGCCCAACGUCGCCCCGAUUGUUUUCUGAAGCGUCUUCUUCUUCUGUUCUCCCCGCGGGUUCUUCGCGUCUCUGCCAGUCGCUCGCUCGCUACGGCUCGCCUUCUCUGUUUCCCGAUUCUUCAGACAUGUGUGUUCGCGUGAAGCCCGCCGAAAAGCUGGCGAUGACUCACGGUCGAGGCGACAAAUCCGGGCCGCAUGAAGGCGCCAAAGCUGCGCGGGGCGGUUUUGCGACGCCGGUUGCCUCCUCCUCGCCGUCGCCCUCGCGGCGAGCCUCCUCUUCGUCCUUCUCCAGUUGCUCCCCCAGUUCCGUGUCUGCCGCCUCUGCCUCGCGCUCGCCCGUGCUUCCGCGCCUCGCGCCGCCUCCAGGUCUGCGCCCGUGCUUCUUUGAAACUGCGGUCCACGCAACGGCCUCGCCGCCGGAGGCGCCGGUGGACGCCGGCCGAGACGCGCUGCUAUAUCCGUCCUAUAGUCGGGCAAGCACGUCGUCGAUUGGGUCUGGAGGGCACCCCUCACCCCUCCACAGCCCCGGAGGAGCUCUCGAGCCUCCGGCGGACGGCGCGCGGGUCGACACACUCAACAUUGUAUCUUUCAACGCUGGCCUCUUGGAGUAUCGUCUCUGCGGCCUUCAAAUCUACCAAAAUCCUCCCUUCACUCGCCGACGUCUCACGCACAUUCCUGUUUCCCUCUUGGACACCAAGAGCGACAUCAUCUGCCUCCAGGAAGUCUACGACGACGUGCACGCGGACUUCCUUGUGGACUCCAUGCGGCACGUUUUCCCCUACGUCGGCCGACGAACUUCCGGCGGACGUUUCGCUCUUCACAACGGCUUGAUGGUUUUGAGUCGCUUUCCUAUUCUCCACACGCGCUUCCAUCCGUUCCACGAUGUAACGUACAUCGAGAGACUCUUUGGCUCGAAGGGCAUGCUGGAGUGCUGCAUCGACAUCCCGAGCGUCGGCGUCGUCGCGCUCUUCAAUAUUCACCUGGCGAGUGGGGCCGUGGAUCCUGAGUCGCCCUACGUGGAGGCGCUCCGCAGCGCGGAGAUUCAGCAGGUGCUCAGUGCCUGCGAAGACGCAGGCGUCCGCGGCGAGAUCCCCGUCGUCGUCGGCGACUUGAACGCCGCUCCGGAUCUGUGUGCGAGCAACUACAAGUCGUUCGUGGAGCGGGGCUGGAGGGACUGCUGGCUGCAGGUUCAUGGCAACCGCGACGUGCUGCUGCGGCACCAUUUGGUGCAUCAGCAGCAGAUGCUUCUGCAGCACGACUUGAACCCGGACAUCCUCGAGGAGCGCCAGCGGCAAGUUCAGCUCGAGCUGGAGCAUCUCCUGCGCCAGCACAAGAUUCAGCAGCGCAUGCUCGCGGCGGACGUGCAGAAGCGGAAGGGCAGCAGCCAGCGCGCCCCCGCGAAGGCGAGCGGCGGGGGCAGUGCGCGGCGCGGCGAGGACGGCGAGUCACAGAAGGCGGAGGAAAUGCGCCCGCUGUGCGCGCGGCGCGAGCGACCCUCGGGCAGCGAGCGUGCGCGCAAGUUCCUGGAGGCGGAGUUCCGGGACGGGUAUCACCCGCUGUCGCCGAACGGGGAGGUCGUCGCUGUGGCAGGCCCCGCGCCACGCCAGGAGAGGCCCUUCGCGACCAACGGGCAAGAUGAGCUCGCGGCCGGCUCCAGUCGGAGUGGAGGCUGCGCGCACGUCGCUGUCGAGAUGGCGGCGCUGCACUCGACCCUAUCUCCGCGGAAAAACAGCCGCUUCGAGGAGCUGUCGGCUUCGCAGGCCGCCUCCACGCUGUCGACUACAGCCCCGCCGUCCUUGCAGGUCCUCCCGAUGGCAGUUGGAGCCGAGAGUUCCCGCGCACGGGGCGAGCGCCUCCGCUCGCUGCCGGCUGACGCCGACGGCGACCUCGAGCGAGGAGGGCAAGACGCAGAGGCUGCGCAGGCCUCUGGGCAAGCCGACGAGGAGAGGCGGCUCCUCACCGAGGCCGUCCACCUGACCACGCAGAAAGUCGAGCAGAAAAUCCAGCACGCCCGCGCCACCAACGGAUGGAGCGCGAUGGCUGGGCUCGGCGGCGCCGCGAUGGUCGCGGCGGAGGACUCCGAGGCGACGACGACAGACGACGCGGAGGAGUGGCUGCUGCGGAAGAAGGAGCGUGGGGAGGGUUUGUCGAGUUUUCGGCAGGCGUCGGGUGCGCUGCGCUGCGCGCGCUCGUCGUCGCUGCUGCUGGCGGGGGGCUCGCUGGUCACCUCGCCGGCGCACGCGGAGGACGAAGAGGACGAGUGGAAAGACCGCGAGGAGUUCACUUGGGAUCCACAGAAUCCGCUCAACUCCAUUGGGCCGCAUGCGGGCUGCCACGGGCUGCGCUGCGACUACGUGUUCCUGCCUCCGCAGCGACUGAGCGGGGGGCUGAAGGCCUUUGUGCCCGUCGCGGGCGAGAUCCUGCUGCGCGAGCCACGCGUGAUGGUGGAUGCUUGCUGCUUCGGCUGCCUCGGGCAGGUGAUGCUGGUCACGCUCAGUGACCACUACGCGCUGAAGAUCACCCUGCGGCGCUCCGCUUCCUUCGACUGCCUCACUGUCUCGCAAAGCCCCAGCAUGCAACUUGCCCUGCGCGAGGCGAACCUCUUCUGCGGUCUCCCGGGAACGCUGAGCGACGGGGAAGCCGAAGAGGAAGAAGCCGCUGGCGCGGGAGCCGCAGAGGGCGCCGACCUUGAGCAAGCGGCGCCAGCGACUGCGGAGCCCGACGGCCUCUGA